CCAGCGGCUUCCGGCCGAAGAACAUGAUGCAAGGGGAGACAAAUCCUAGUGCUUCCCUCAUUGACAGAACCAUCAAGAUGAGAAAAGAAACAGAAGCUAAGAAAGUAGUUUUAGCCUGGGGACUCCUAAAUGUAUCUAUGGCUGGAAUGAUAUAUACUGAAAUGACUGGAAAAUUGAUUAGUUCAUAUUAUAAUGUGACAUACUGGCCCCUCUGGUAUAUUGAGCUUGCCCUUGCAUCCCUCUUCAGCCUAAACGCCUUAUUUGAUUUUUGGAGAUAUUUCAAAUACACUGUGGCACCAACAAGUCUGGUUGUUAGCCCUGGACAGCAAACACUUUUAGGGUUGAAAACAGCUGUUGUACAGACUACUCCUCCACAUGAUCUGGCAGCAACCCAGAUCCCUCCCUCUCCACCUUCUCCUUCAAUUCAGGGUCAGAGUGUGUUGAGUUAUAGCCCAUCUCGUUCACCCAGUACCAGCCCCAAGUUCACCACCAGCUGUAUAACUGGAUAUAGCCCUCAGCUGCAAGGUCUGUCAUCAGGGGGCAGCGGUUCCUAUAGCCCUGGAGUGACUUACUCUCCUGUCAGUGGUUAUAAUAAGUUGGCAAGCUGUAGUCCCUCUGCUUCUUCUCCGUACCCUGCUACUGUUGGACCAGCGGAGAGCAGUGGAUUGAGGUCUCGCUACCGGUCUUCACCCACCGUCUAUAAUUCCCCUACUGACAAAGAAGACUACAUGACAGAUCUACGAACUUUGGAUACUUUUCUUAGAAGUGAAGAAGAGAAACAGCAUAGAGUUAAGCUGGGGAGUCCAGACUCUACCUCGCCUUCCACCAGUCCUACUUUCUGGAACUACAAUCGUUCUAUGGGAGAUUAUGCACAAACUUUAAAGAAGUUUCAGUAUCAACUUGCCUGUAGGUCUCAGGCCCCCUGUGCUAACAAAGAUGAAGCUGAUCUCAGUUCUAAACAAGCUGCAGAGGAGGUUUGGGCAAGAGUGACUAUGAAUAGACAACUUCUUGAUCAUAUGGAUUCAUGGACAGCUAAGUUCAGAAAUUGGAUCAAUGAGACAAUAUUAGUGCCAUUGGUACAAGAGAUCGAGUCUGUGAGCACACAGAUGAGACGAAUGGGCUGUCCUGAGCUUCAGAUAGGAGAGGCUAGCAUUACUAGCUUGAAACAAGCUGCGCUGGUCAAAGCUCCUCUCAUUCCAACUUUGAAUACAAUUGUGCAGUAUCUAGACCUUACACCAAAUCAGGAAUACUUGUUUGAAAGGAUCAAAGAACUUUCUCAGGGAGGCUGUAUGAGUUCAUUUCGAUGGAAUAGAGGUGGAGACUUCAAAGGACGCAAGUGGGAUACAGACCUGCCCACUGAUUCUGCUAUCAUCAUGCAUGUAUUUUGCACCUACCUCGAUUCCAGAUUACCUCCACAUCCUAAGUACCCUGACGGAAAAACAUUUACUUCUCAGCACUUUGUUCAGACACCAAAUAAACCAGAUGUGACAAAUGAGAAUGUUUUUUGCAUUUAUCAGAGUGCUAUCAACCCUCCCCAUUAUGAGCUAAUCUACCAGCGUCAUGUCUACAAUCUUCCAAAGGGCCGAAAUAAUAUGUUUCAUACAUUGUUAAUGUUCCUCUACAUCAUAAAGACUAAAGAGUCAGGAAUGCUUGGGAGAGUUAAUCUUGGUCUGUCCGGUGUGAAUAUUUUGUGGAUUUUUGGCGAGUAGUGGAUCAUUUAAUUCCAAACAUUUGGACUUUUCUUUGAUUGAACCGGAAGUUGAAUCUAAGCAUCUCUGAGUCACUGCCUCUUUUGAAAUAAGAUACAUAUGUGUGUUACAGACUCUUUAGAUUUAAUGAAAAAUCAGCUAUUAUGAAACUUACUUGUAAAAGUAUGUCCUAAAUCUUCUACACCAAGAGACAUUACUUUUACUUUUUUAUUACCUUUCAGAUUUUUCAGUUGCCUAUAAAACUGCAACCCUUCAGAUAUUUGUUGACCCAAAGCAGUGCAAUUUCCCCUUCGUUAAGCAAUUUGAGUCCGUUUUCAUUGUAACCUACAAAUGAGAAUCAUGCACCUAAUUUUUCCCUGCAGAAAUUGUUCUUUCAGUUGCAUUGUUUGGUGUAAAUACUUGAAAAGAAACAAGGAAAUUGCUAAUUCAUCUCUGUGCUUACCCACUGUUCUACAAGUCAGCCCAUGGCCCAUAUUUAAAGAAAUGAGAUAAACUUCUCAGUAAUAUAUUAGUCUAUGUGCAUUUUUAAGUAUUUUUGAAAGAGGUUUAAGAGUAUGGCAUUUAAAAAAGUCAACUCUUGGGGGCGCCUGGGUGGCUCAGUUGGUUAAGCGACUGCCUUCGGCUCAGGUCACGAUCCUGGAGUCCCGGGA